AGGAAAGUGAGGGGGUUGAUAGACCAUCGACGUUGGUCAACGGUUAUUUUCAUUGACAGUUCUUUGCGCGUCGUACGACGAGAGCGCACAAAAAAAAGUGCAGUUUCGCGAAAAUAAAGCGGAAGAAAAGCGCUUCUUUUUCACGAGAAAGAAUUUAUCGAAGAAAUUUUGCGCGCGGCAAAGGAAUCAUUAGUGCGCCUGUGUGAGAGAAAAUCUCUGGAAAACAUUCCGGCAGCGUCUGACGAAGCGUGAUAAAACGGACAACCGAUCCCGGAAUUAAGAGACGAAGUUUGCAAACACGUUUCUAUACGGAGGCGAAGACGUGUGGACAAGUGUUAUAUCAAUCAUAAUGAAGAGAUGUUCAUCGGCACCUUGUUUAGAAGACGUUGGCAGUGACACUAAAAGAACAAAAGGAAUUACACAACAUACGAAUCCAAAUACAAAGGAAUACCUCCAAUUGGCUUUAUCCAGAGUCCUAGAAUUACAACGAAAGAUCAAUGAAGGCACAUACAUUGCAGAAAUCGAUAAUGGUGGAAGUGAUCUCGAUGCAUCAGGCAGCGAGGAAGAUUUAAUGAAGGAAAUUUUUGCCAAAGUUUUUCAAGAUCUACCCGGAACGCCAAGUUCGAUCGCUAAAAUAAUAGACGGAGAAACGCAUUGGAGGAAUCCUCGUACGGAUGCGAUACAUAGUAAGAGAAUACAAUUAUUAGGUUUCGAUACUUGUCGGAGAAUGGCUCUUGAAUUCAUGAAAACCAUUGUGCGAGAAUCGCGAAACAGAUCUCCCUCAUUAGGUACGGCCAAGGCCGAUGAUUUGGCAUUCCAACAAAACGAAUCGUUGUAUUCGAGAGAUGAGAUUCUGGCGAAUGAUUUGUGCAAACGAGAGUCGAACGCGGAAACCCGAGCAAGAAUGUUGAGAAGUCUGGAUUUGCAUCUAGCCGCUAAACAAAGAGAUUAUACGGCUAAGUUAAUGAAUUCGGGUAUAUAGUACUCUUAGAUGGAGAUAAAUCGGAAGCGGAAAAUCUCUAAAUUAUAUUCCAGCAGGAUAUAUCAUAUUUUCGGUAUUAAUGCAAUGAAAAUUCAGAGCAUAUAUUCGCAAGAAUAUCUUUAUUCUGUUGGCAUCUUCUCCCUGCGUAAUCGCCUAUAACAGAUGAGUCCGUUUUUUAAAAAGCUUCUUAAAGACAUCUUUGUCACAUUUUAAUAUUUAAGAUUACACAUAUAGAACUUUUAAGUCCACGCUUGAUUUUUAGUAAUCUCAGCUCUUACAGUAUUUAUGAAAACUUAUCUAGUCAUACACAAAACGUACUAGUCACAAUUAUUUGCAUAAUUAUUUUGCAAUGUUAUUUAUUUUAGAUAUCGUAUAUAUAUAUUGUGUAAAGGAUGUCCAUGAAAUGUCCUUUUAAUAAAGAUUCUUUGGUCAAUUUGAGAAUAAUUUUUCCUCAAAUAAAAAUGUCGAGACAUCAACAAUUUUCGAAUUUUUGAAAUAACGAAUUAUAAAUAAUUUAAGGAAAGGGUGUUUUGCAAAUUAAAUUUUAUGGACUUGAAAAAUUACAUUCUUCAAUUAAUUUCAAUUAAUUUCAAGCAGAAUUAACUUUAAUAGAAAGAAAAAAUUUUAAUUUAAAGUUUAAUUACAAAAAUGUAUGAUAACAAAAAAAUGGAAACUUGCAAAAAAUGGCAAUCUCCGUCAUAUUUUUAUUGAGGAAAAAUCAUCUCCAAAUUGGUCAGAGAAACUUUCCUAAUAUUUUUAUUUGAUAAAUGCAUGAAACAAAGAAAUGCGAAGAACAAGACUGUUUUAUAAAAAAAAAAAUAUUUAUUCACAGAGUGUACAAAUAAAAAAUCUCAAACUUCCAAACUAUGAAUAAUAUGUCUUAAUCAUAAAAUGUACAUAUUACAAAUUAUAAUUCAUGAUUUUGUGACUUUCGAAUAAAGUCACAAAAUGUUCAGCAGUCGAAACAUCGGAAGAUCGACUAGAUCGACUUUUUAUUUGAAAAGAAGACAUACAUAGAUAAGGGAUGGUAAUUUCCAAUAGAGUGCGAAUAAAAAUUAUCGAACUAAUUCUAGGAAUCGCAAAUCAUUCUCUUUCAGAUUUCACAGCUUGGAAUCGCAUUGAAUCUUGGAGAACCUCGCGUUCAUGUCUAAUCAAAUAUUAUGCGCGUUUAUGCAAUAAACUAUCCUAUACAACGAAGAGUAAAACACAAUAAAAUAUCGAUAUAAAUCAAUAGUUUAUAAGAAUUGGCUUAUCUAUCAUAUUCCACAAAAUUUUGCUUGUUUAUCCAGAACAAUAUCUUAUUGUUAGUUAAAUGGAAAUCAUAACUAACUCGUGCACACAAAAUACACACAAAAAUCUACAUAAUCUUUAAAAUCUACUUCGUCAAUUUUAACACAACUAUGAUUGAUUUGCUUAAAAUGCACAUAUUAUUAAAUGUCCAUCUUUCCCUCUCUGCGCAUUACUAUAUUGCAUUUAUGCUAAAAAUACACAUUCUAACAAGUUUAAGACGAUAUAUUGAAUUAAACAGAUCUAAUUCACAAAUAUGUGCGACAAAAAAAUUUCUUUAUAUAAAACAAUUUAAUAGUAAUAAAGAUAAAAUUAUCAAUGUUUUCCAAUUGUUAUACAUUUGAAUCAUUUUAUGCGAUAACUGCAAUACUUAUUUUAUAAAAAGAUUAUUGAGAUAAUAAGCCCUCAUUUUUAUUAGGUUUUAGCCAUUAAUAAACUAGGAGCAAUAAAACAUCUAUUUCUAUGAUAAAGAUAAUAAGCUAUUUUAGUGUAUUAAUAAUAACAUUCUUUUUCUAUUAUUCGUUUCGUUGCAAAGAAUUUCCUUUUAUAACUUAUCUAUCAAAAUAAUAUAAUUAAUAUAAUUUCAUAUUUAUAAAUUGCAGGAACAAUUAUAAAUAUAUUGCAUUGUUGUUUAAAAUGUAAAACGAAUUAAUAGCUAUGAAAGAAGCGGCUAUAAUUAUAUCUAAUAUCUAUCCUUUAUAAAAAUAUAAGAUCUUAAAGUAUCCAGAGAUAAAUUUUCUGCCGAUUCUAAUCAUUGUUAGAGUAAUUAAUGUGUGCAUUAUGUUUCAAAAUCUCAAGUGCUACAUAUAAUAACUCUUACAUAUACCUAAACAUUUCCGUAAUCUUUCACCUCCCCUUCGUUAAGACAAUUGUAAAUUCGAUGACACUUGAACAAUAAAAUAUGACAAAAGAGAUCAUACAUUUAAUAAAAAAUGAUCACAGCACGGAAUAAAAGUUUUGUAAGAUAUUUUAAGAGAAAACUUAAGAAAAAAUGCUGACAUUCGAAAAAAAAUGAUUCAGUUGCAUAGCGACUUUUGUAUUUCUAUGUAUUAUUAUCACAAACUGUUUUUGACAUUAAAUUUUCCCAUCCAUUCUAUAUACAAA